AUGUGAGUGUUACAGAGGUUGAGUCCCAGGCAAGGAGAUAGCGUCGGGACGGGUUACAUGUCCCGCGGAAUACCAAGUAUGCCUGCCCUUUGCUGCGGGCUCCACGGCAUUUCUCCCCGCUUAUUACCUGUAUCAAGUUGUCCAGCUGUUUAAAUCGGGAUUACGUCUCUCUCUGGGCUUCAAGAUGCCUUGGAUCACUCCUUUUGCACUUUGGACUUUUCUACUGUCCCUCUGGAAGACGGGAUAUUCCAAUUACUCUGUGGACCAAUGCAAUUGGAAAGGAAGUGGUCUAUCGCAGGAGCCGGGCAGCGUGGAGCAGAUCUUCCUGCACUGUGCCGAAGGGGAGGUGGAGUGGUUGUACCCGGUCGGAGCGCUGAGACUGAGCCUCUCUCCCCGCCUGCCACGGCGGCCCGUCGGCCCGGCCAGCCCAGGGGGUUCGGGCCGCAUCACGGUGUGCAUCAAGCCGGCGGAGAGCUUCCGCGGGGCCCAGGUCUACUUGGAGCAAGGGACCGAGUUGCAACUGGUGCUUCGGGACGAGCAGGGAGAAGGAGCUGGGCUGGAGGAAGAGACGGGGAGGGAGCCCAAGGUCCACUGCUUCAGCCGCCUGCCCGGCGAGAGGGUGGCGCUCUUUAUCCAGUCUACACUGCACCGGGACAUCAGCCGCCGCAUUGCCGCUUUUAAGUACGAUCUCCGCGGCGACUGGGGGACUGGAGCACUGCUCCCACAACAGAUGGAAAGAGCAUGUAGGCCAUGCAAUGAUACAGAAGUCCUCAUGGCAGUCUGCACAAGUGAUUUCGUAGUGCGAGGCCACAUUCGAAGCGUGCUCCACGACCGGGAGCGGCAGGAGUCGGUGGUGAACGUGGGCACCACCAAGAUCUACAGGCAGAAGUACACCCUCUUCCACCCCGUGGGGAAGUACGGCAAAUCGCUCGGGGAGGUGAGGACAUUCUUGAGGUGUGGCGUGAAGCAAGGGGUCGGCAGCUUCAUCUUCACGGGCCACGUCCACUUCGGGGAGGCCUGGCUCGGGUGCGCCCCUCGCUAUAAGGACUUCAAGAGGAUUUAUGAGGCGGCCAAAGAAACGCACGAGAAUCAGUGCGAGAUCGAAUCUGACUGAAGCGCGGGCGCUCCGCCGCAGUUCCUGGCAGAAAAUGGCGGUCGCGUGCACGAUAUACGGUGCGCGUGGAAUCGUGUUGUGAAGAAAUCCUCAGAGAGAUCUCGGCUGAUAGACCCAUCCUCCGGUGGGAACAACUGUGACUGUACUGCUAACGUUGGCGUGCAAAGCAACUGUGGACUCGUAUGUAUUGUCCAACGCAGCAAUUAUUAUCAUGCAGCAGGUCCAUGUGUGAGGGACACUUGGAUAGGAAGGGGAGUGAUUUAUUGCCCCUGGUAAACAAUUACGAACAUGCACUCAGUUUCACUUUGUGAAGAGCCCUUUUGGUUGAAGGAUUAAUAUGUAAAAUAGUUUUCAUAUCAGGACACCAUCUUUUUGCAGGGCAAUGGUGGACUCGUAAAAUAAAAUUAGUUU